AUGAUUUCUCGGCGAAUUGGACGAUUUCUGUUCGGAUUAUUUAUAGUGUACUUAACAAUAACCGUUUACAUUACCUCUACGGUGCUCCUGUCUCCGUUACCAAGCGUGGAAGGCGAGGAAUAUGGUUAUUCGGAGUCACACGACGAAAAUGUCAUGUCAAACACCAGUAAAAACAUACUCCUUGAAACGAAGCAUCAGCUCUUCAGAAUAAGGAAUCCUAAAUAUAGCCACAAUGUUAAUGACGAUAUGAUUCAACAUGAAAACCUUGUACGCACAACAAAUAUUCCAGAAGAGAAUGCAAGAAAUAAAUUAAAACCACUGGAAGUCGAAAUGGACAAAGCUUUCUCCAGUACAAAAAACAUGAAUUUUCAAGCAGUGCUGAAAGUAUGGAGAGAGAAAAUGGAAUUACUACAACAACACAUUGAGAAAAAUAGUACUUCUAAAAUUCUUCAUUUAGAUAAGAUCAAACGAAUAAUGGCGGGUUUUCCCGGGGGUUUAAACGCAGGAAAUACCAACCUCACAUUACAAAAUAAGGAUGAAAACAUGCAGAAAUUCGUGGAUAGAAAUAAGACAGUGAUAGACCUACGUAGCAAAUCAGUUGAUAAUGACGCCGUUCUUCCUAAGUAUCACCUCAAUAUGCAAGUGAUGCCAGGAGACACAACAGUAUACUCGGCAUAUUUAGACGAAAGAAAAGCUACUAAAUUCAUCAGAAUAGUUUUAAUAGGUAAGAGAGUUGACCCGAACAAAAAUUUAGUUUGUAAAUUUCGUUUUAGAAAUUCGUCCAAUAGCACUGUGAUAUCACAUGUUGAAUUGUACGAGACAUGUGAAGGUCAUAUGAAAUACUUUUCUUCUUUUAUUGGUUCAUGCGCAGUUCCGGAUAUCGACGUAUUACUUGACCAUGUCGUGAUUUCAGUGGAUAACACAGACCUAAUUAUGAAUGUUAUUGAUAAUAGUAAGAAAAGAACAAUGGAUGUGCAAAAGUUUGCUAUAUGUGUACCGCCACUCUUUGGUGACGUUGAUAUUUUACGAUUAACAGAAUUUAUAGAAUUAUCAAGGAUACUAGGAGCUCAACAUUUUGUGUUUUAUACAAAAUUUGUUUCUAAUGAACUAUCUUUACUUUUAAAUCAUUACCAGAGUAUAGGUUUAGCGACCGUCAUGCAAUGGAAUCUCACCAUUCCUGUUAAUUUUAUUUGGUACCACGGUCAGUCAGCCUCGAUUUGGGAUUGCUUAUAUAGAACAAUGUUCAAAUUUAAACAUGUUGCUUUCAUUGACUUCGAUGAAUUCAUUGUCCCAAAAAUGCAAAGCACUGUUCCAGAUCUCUUAACAUAUUUACAAGAAGAAGCAAAUGUAAAUGAUGAAAUUGUAUCAGCUUAUAAGUUCCAAAGUGCAUUCUUUGAUUCAAAUUUCAACAGCGAGGAUCAACGGAAAUCGGCAGAGCUACAGAAGCUAACAACAAUGAACACGACUGUUAGAACACGGAAGUUGAGUAAAAUAAGAACCAAACUGGUUGUGAACCCUGUUAAUGUGUUCGAGCUCGGGAUACACCAUGUAAGCAAACCGAACCAGGAACAUUACGAAUGUAUUGAAGUUAGUCCUAAGUUUGCAUUCAUACACCAUUACCGCAAAUGCAAAUCAGAUUAUGGUAUGAACUGUAAAUUAACAGUGAAUGAUGAUACUAUUUUUAGGUAUAAGUCUAACCUCGUUUAUAGAGUAAAACAUCGUCUUCUAAAUGCAAAACUGCACAACAGUUAUAGUGCAGACAAAUAUGACAAUAUGUAA